UGGGCCAUUUCUGAGCAGUUUUUGCAGUGUUACACGGAGCAUUAUUGGGGGGGACACUACCAUCAGGGGAGUGUCAUUGCCAUGAGGAGUGACGUGCUUGGUCUGCACUUGGUCUGGGUAGAACGUGUCAGGUCAUUACUUAAUAGUGAGUGAAAGUCAACGACGGGAAGUGAAAGGGGGAAGUGGUCCUAAUGAUACACAGCAUGGCUCGACUCGGUCAUGGUGAUCCUCUCAUCACGUUUGAUUAGUAGUUCCACUUCCCUUAAGCCCUUCGUGUCGUGUCGUGUCGUGUUGUGUCUUGUCGGUUUGUCUCUUCUGAAAUGUUGCACGCUAGUUGAUAUACAGGUUGUUUAAAACAACAAAUAAAAACAAAUUCCAGGUCGUCAGAGGAGUAAAAGGAGGCCAGGGUCACAGACUUUUUUACAUUUGAGGUGUUAGGGGAGUCGACAUAAUAACAGGAUGCUGUGGCCUCGAUGGUACACACUCCAGUUUUAGGUGUGAUACAGCCCCCGAGUCUGUCAGCCAGUCAGUCUGCAGUCAAGCAUCAUGGCGAUAACAACUCUGUGCGCUGUCGUGGCCACUCUGAGAGUCCUUCCCGACAGAACCCAGUUCUUCCAGUACGAGUCCGUCUCUCUGAGCUGUGAGCAGCAGGGAAACUCUUCUGACUGGACAGUUAAGAGGAACACAACCACAACUGUAAAGCGAGAGCCUUCUGGAACUUGGAAUAAUAUGAAUGAGUCCCACCGCUUCAUUGAUGUCCUUUACCCAUUAGACACAGGAGUGUACUGGUGUGAGUCUGCAGCAGGAGAGUGCAGCAACACCGUCAACAUCUUUGUGACUGCUGGUUCAGUGAUCUUGGACAGCCCAGUCCUUCCUGUGAUGGCGGGAGAUGCUGUGACUCUGAGCUGCAGAACAAUGACGACUUUCCCCAAUCUCACAGCUGACUUCUAUAAAGACGGGCUUCUCAUCGGGAGCAGCUCUACAGGAAACAUGACCAUCCACAGUGUUUCUCUGUUUGAUGAAGGAUUCUAUAAGUGCGGAAUCUCUGGAGCUGGAGAAUCACCAGACAGCUGGCUGACUGUCAGAGGAAGCCGUCCUGAGCUGCCUGACUCCCCCAUCACACACAUUAUACUUCCUGUGGUGGGUGCCUGCCUCUCGCUGGUCUCGCUGGUCUGUGUGAUGCUGCUCUGCCUCUGGAGGAACCACAAAGGUAAAGUCGACCCUGAUGUCCCCUACACUGAUGUCACCAUCACACAGGAAGUGCAGCCAAACAGGAUCAGAGAUGUGGAGGCUGCACCGACCUUCUACUCAACAGUGAAACCUGGAAACACCUGACAGGAAACAGCAGCCGUGAUGGGGAAAUGUAUAUUUACACUUGGAUUUAACAGGAGAAAUGUUCUGUGUGCUUUUAUAGACAUUUUCUGACCAGCCUGCCUGAAAACUGUCCAUGUUUUCAGCACAGGUGUAGACGCCGCAUUGACUGUCAGACCAUUGUAGCAAUACAUCAACGUUGCCACCAUAUUGAGAGGUUAACACUUGCCUGUAAACAAAUGAAAGCAAUCUGGAGAGCGCGUUCUU